AUGGCAGAAGUCCAGAGCCGCGGAAGCGGCCCAAGAGGUCGCGGCGGAUUCAGAGGUGGCAGAGGUGGUUUUCGGGGCACUCGCAACCCUUCGAGGUCACAACACAAACCAGAUCACGAGCAAGAGAACAUCCCUCCCGCCGCGCUAGAAGAUCAGGGUGAAGUCGGUGAACUGCUCAAAAAGUUUGGCGACAAGGUCCCUCUCCUCAAAGAAAUCUGCCCCGGUUGGAGCGAUGAAGAUUUGGUCUAUGCCUUGAAUGAAACUGACGGCGACGUCAAUGCUGCUGUUGACCGCAUUUCAAGUGGUGAGAGAGCUUCCAGUCCCGUUGCCGUGCUCGAAGUUGCUAACAAUACCGCUUCAGGCUCCAUCUCACAAUGGGGUGAGGUCAAGAAGAAACACCCAAAGCCGAAAGAAAUUCCUCCCGCAUCAACCGAUACUUCUACCCGAGGUCGUGGCCGUGGUAACUUGGAAGGUCGAGGAAGAGGUCGCGGUGCUGAGCGUGGUGCUAGGGGUGGCCGAGGUGCAAAAUCAGUCUCUGCUACACACACAAAUGGUACCAAACCCGCACAGACGACUGACGGCUGGGAUUCGGUGACUUCUGCUCCAGCGGAUGCUGCUGCAGCGACCUGGGACGCUGCUCCGACGAAUGGUGAGGCGACCGCUACCGCAACAGACAGCUGGGCAAAUGAGCCUGGGAAGGAUUCACUCGCUUCUUUGCAAACAGAAGAACCCAAGCCCGCUUCCGCUGCAGCACCAGCUACCGCCAAACCCGGCGGCUGGGCUGGAUUGUUUGCCAAACCAACCCCUGCUCCGGCUCCCAAGAAGGCUCCUGCCCCCCCUCCGCCUGCUGUUGCGCAAGCUGAACAACUACCGGUUGAGCCCGAGCCUGCCAUUGAAGAGCCUGUACCUCCUGUUGAAUCGAUCGUCCCGCCUCCGAUCGAAGCGCUGGACUACAACGAAGAGGGACCAAGUGAGCUGCCAUCCGCGCCGCAUUCGGACACAGGGAAAGAUCUAACACCAACUAAAGAUGAACUCACAGAACAGAAUCUGGAAAAGCUCCCAGACACGUCUCACCCCGUUGAAUCCGCCACCGCCGCCAGCACUGUCGCAAGCACCCAAGAUCCGCUCGCCGCACCGGAAACCUCCAAGAUCCCCGCUCGACCGAUGUCAGGAUAUGCUGCCACCGCAUUGAAAGCUACCGGAGGCGCAAGUCGGUCUGCCAGCUUCGCGAGAAAGGUGAUGGAGCAGCAAGAGGCGGUAGUGAUGCCCGGCAAUCACGCCAUCGAAAAGGCAGCGGUACAAUUUGGAAAGCUGGGAUUGAACGGCCCGGAUGACGUUGAUGUGGACGAGGACAGAGAGGAGCCAGAGACACGUACUCAACUUCCAGACGACUCACCCGCUGCUCCUCGUGCUUCAUUGCCUCCAGCGGUGCCUGAAGCCCAGCAAACGCCCGCUGCCGCUCCGACUCAACCGCUGGCUGAGGCUCCAUCGGCUGCUCAACGACAAGCAACUGGCCUGCCUUCUGCUCCCCAACCUGCUCACGCACCGUCCCCUCAGUCUUCCUCGGCGUAUGCAGAGCAAUACAGAUACGGUCAAGGUCAGAAACCGUUCGACCCUUUCGGCCAACCUCCUACUACUCAAGCCCAGACCCAAGAACCGUUUUCCAACCAGGUCCCGAGUCAACCCAGCACAGCUACCUCUCAGCCGGACUAUUCUGCUUAUUAUGGCCGUGAUGCUUACAAUUUCUAUGGGUACGGUCAUGGGCAAGAUGCUCAGCGCUCUGGCAGCACGUUUGGUACGUCGGCUCCGGACAGUCAAGGGCAGUAUGCCACCUCACGUCCUCAACACGGAGUGGCUCAGCAGGAAGCGCAGGGCAGUGGACAGAACACCCCAGCACCUGGCAUUCCCCAUCCCACUCAGCAACCCUCUGGCCACAUGCAACAAAAUCAAGGUCACGGCUAUCCCGGUUACGGCUACCCGAGCGCAUACAAUCAACAGUAUCCCCAGUAUGGUGCCAAUUACAUGAGCUCGGUGAAUCACCGCUACGGAGCGAAUCGGCCUAUGUUUGAUGAUGUACGACGUCAAGAGAACGAAUACUAUGGCAGUCAAUACAACUAUGGACAAAAUCACUAUGGCAACACGUAUAAGUCGAACAUGUAUGGACAACCUCAGCAAGGUUACUCCUAUGAGCAGCACUCGUCGUCUCCAGCGAACGUUAGCGGCUUUGGGCGAGAGGGAGGUUAUGGUCGAGCAGGGUCUGCGCAGCCUUCCGAGGCACAACAGAGUGCCGCGGGCAGCACGGGCUUUGGUGGCAUGCCUGACCCCUUCGGACGGUCAUCCUCCAGUUUCGGACAGGCGCCAGGCUUGGCUCAACAGCAUGGAGCUCAUGCCGAGGAUCCGAACAAGGCAUCAGGACCAAGCCCGUCGAUGCAAGGUGGUCGGCCUGGAUCUGCCGUCAACAGUUUCCCUGGCCAGCAAGGUGGCUUGCCUCCUCCAUCGCAGCACUCAGGUCAGCAGGCUUUCGGCGCCUAUCCUCAGUACGGAGGUGGAUUGGGCAGUGGCCACCAAAACACUCAUCAGAACACUGGAUACGGAGGCUACGGCUCGAACACUGGGUUCGGCACAUAUGGCGGAUACGGUGGUGGCCGAGGAUGGAACGGCAACUAUGGUUCUGGCCAUUAG